UAUCACCAAAUUAAAGGGAAAAAAAAUGAGCCAAACUGAGAGCAUUUGGGCAAAGGUUCAGCUAAAAUCUCCCCCUGAGAAGUUCUAUGGGUUCUUCAGGAACCACAUGGGGGAUUUGGUUCAUAUGUUUCCUGAUAACUUCCAAAGCUUUCAGUUUCUUGAAGGAGAGAGCUUCACUACUGGCAGUGUUAUGCAUUGGCAAUACCAUCUUGGAAGUCCAGCAGCAGCAAAGAUAAAGAUGAGACUUGUGGAUGAUGUCAAGAAGUCCAUAGUUUAUGAAAUUAUGGAUGGAGAUGUUCUAAAGUAUUACAAAGUUUUUAGAGCAAAACUUGAAGCUGUUAAUGGAGGCUUAAACAAAGUUGGAGGAAACUUUGCAAAAUGGACUAUUGAAUAUCAAAAGGCAAAUGAAAAUGUUCCUUCACCAGAAAAUUACAUGGAAUUGGCUGUCAAAGUCUCCAAAGGCCUUGAUGCUUAUAUUUUCAAGAACUAAUCAACAACUUAAGUUGCUCAUUGCCCUAAGUAAUUAAAUGUUGUUUCAACUUGGGAUUGUUCUUAAAUAAGAAACUUUAUGUGUAAUGCAAUGUGUUAUGUUGUAUAAUUAUGGAUGUGGGCUUUUGGGGGAAAUGUAUGUGUGUUUUUUUCUUUAUGUAUUUGAAAAUUUAUCUAUUGUGUGUAUUAAAGCUCUCAAAUGUGCUAUGUGAAAACCUUCGAUUUAAGGA